UGUAAACAAACAACGAACGCAGAAAAAGAAAAAGAAGAAGAAGAAGAAGGUGUUGCUGGUGUUUCCACUCGAAAGGGCCAUCGUCGGUGAUUGCAGAGAUUUACCGUUUGUGUAGCUGAUAAAGAGGCCCGCCCGGGCACAUUGCUAAUCGCUUAAAGCGCAAGAGCCUCACCAUGUCAAUUACCGAGAAGGACCUGUACCGCGACACACCUGUGCGAUAUUUAGGAUACGCAAACGAAAUCGGAGAAGCGUUUCGUCCGGUGAUAAAGAAGAUAUUCGUACACGCUAGCUAUGCGGUCGCGAUCAGCUACGUGCUGGCGGAUACGGGGGAUAAAUCGAAGAAGCAGUACGAAAAACCGGAAAUACUCGGGGGAGGCUUUCGCGGCGCCGCCAUUGCAUCGGGCGAUACUUUGCUGUGGCAAAUGUUUGCCUCCGUUAUCAUCCCGGGAUUCACCAUCAAUCGCUUCUGCUGGCUAUCGAAGAUGGCACUGAAGGCGAACAAAGUGAAGGGCCCGGUAGGAAAGUGGGGACCAACGAUGCUUGGACUACUCGCCAUCCCGUUCAUCAUACACCCGAUCGAUAAUGCGGUUGACUAUGCCAUGGACAACACCUACCGGAAGUACGUGAAGUAGUCCACGUUCACGUGACAGUUUCUCGUCACAGGGAUUGUGUUAACUUGCCUACACCUAGAUUUCACGCUCAAAUAGUGGUAGCUUUAAUUCAACGUGUAAGACGGGUUCGUGCCAACGGUUACUGGAAACACUAGGAAUAGUCUAGCCAUCUAAGUUCACGACGCACAACGACGUUGUUUAUUUACACUUUUAGGCGUGAUGUUAAUCACUCUUGCUGCGACUACUAGAAAAAAGCGUUGUGCUACCUUUAAGCCUUGAGUGAAUGGACUAUUUUAACACUAGUACGGUGUUUUAUUGCCGACAAUAAUAAAGGAUACUGUUGCUACGCAAU